AAAUAAGUCUCUAUUUUUUGUCUGUGUUAGUUUGUCAAAUAAAUCAAGUUCAAGUUCAAAUAAAAUUCUUAACAUGCAACUUCCACUUGAAUUAAAAUGUAUAAAUACACGUCCGUUUGUAAAAUAACAUCAAAACCAAGUGGAAUGCUUCCAAGGCAACAUUAAGUUAAUAUUCAUUUUAAAUAGUUUAAAAGAUGAAUAAACGUUUGGUAUUGUUUGUGGUUCUCGUUGUGAUUGUUUUUGUUAAGGCUAAGCCACACGAUGAAGAUGAUGACUACAAAUAUAGAUCAAGGCAUCGGCCGGGAAAACGACCAUCAUCAAAUGAAAAUCAGGAAGGACCUUGUACAGGUUUUUGUGGUGCGGGCAAUAACGCAGGUUCACUUGGAAAUGGAGCUGGUGCAGGCACUGGUUUUGGAAAUACUGGCUCGCUAGGAAAUGGAAAUGGUGCUGGUCCAGGAUUAGGUAGCGGUGGCGGUGGUCCACUUGAAACACUCACUGGGGCAGGACCGGGAUGGGGAGCUACCAGUACGACCACUCCACGUAGCAGUUGGUGGUCAUGGUUUGGUUAAAAGUAUAAUAUUGAGAAUGAUUAUUGGUGGAAUAUUUUGUUUAUUUAAUAAAUAAUAUUCUAGUACCAAUAAAAAUAUAUGUUUAUAUAUUUACUAAA